UGCUCAUGUGUGAUGCUGGGUUCUCUGUAUUACAAAAUGUAUUUAAAGGGUAUGGUCUAGACCUGCUCUAAGUGGAAAGUAUCAUGAGAUGAGGUGAAUUGGCGCUAUAUAAAUACACUAAAUUGGACUGAAAUGCGGGCCUAUAGAUCCAUGCAGCUUUAUUUCAGUUCAGUAUUAACAAAAUUGGAUUACUGGGAUAAAACUCAUCCCAUUAAUCUGAGCUCGCUGGCGGUCUUCCGUUGUGGUGUAAAUGUCCGUGUAGGCUAUCAGAGCUUCUCUCAGGCUCCCAGGGGAGUCAGGCAAUCAGAGCGGAGAGACUACAGAGUCAAUAACAGAUCUCCCGGUGGGCUUCCCGCAGUGUUCGUAAUGCGUGUAUGGAUGCUGUGGUGUGUUUACUGCCUAAGCAGCGUGCACACGCAGUACUGGAACUUUAAGCCAAGCUGACGGACCCACAGCCGCCCUCCAGAGAGACUGUGCAAUAGGAGCUGCAGUGGAAGAAGAAAGAAACGAAUAUGUCAGCGGCGGGGAAGAGAAGGCUUAGCGUUAAGGCUGAGUCCAGGAAAUGCGCUGCGCGUUUUUGGAGGCUGAUUCCUCACGUUUUGCUCUCCCUGUCCCUGGUGGCAUACGCGUCGCUUGGUGCGCUCAUGUUCCAGCACAUUGAAGGAGGGAGCGCAUCCACCACCCCUCAAGACUACCGAGAGUUCCUGGGUCAGAUUGUCAGCACCGUCCAAAAUUUCACCGAAAAUGCUUCCUGCACACAUGAGGACAUAGUGAGGGAGGUGGAGAUAAAGAUGAGAUAUGGGUUCAAUUCCAUAUGGCUCCAGAGACCUGACAGGUGGACCUUUUUUGGCUCCAUGUUUUUCUGCUGCACUGUAUUCACAACAGUUGGGUAUGGGGAGAUCUAUCCAGUUACCCUGCUUGGUAAGGUGGUGUGUGUCUUGUAUGCCAUGGUAGGCAUCCCUCUUAUGCUUCUGGUCAUCCUCGAUGUGGGAGACUUCCUCGCUAUGCUGAUGUCCAGAUGCUACAUACACAUUCACACCUUCUGCAAAAUUCUCCGCUCCCAUACCUGGUCACCAUGGAAGACUAAGAAGCAUGGAGGGAAUUCUAGCCACUGGGCCUUGGAGGACGGUAACUUUGUUUUCAGCCAUGACAUUUUGGUCCGUGAACCCCUUGACAUCCGGCAGGUGCUACACAGUCAGGCAGAUGUACGGCACAAGUCUAUCCAACUGCAAAACAAUAAAGAGAUCUUUGAGAAGAUUCUCACGAGGGAGAACUUACUCAGAAAGGGCCCACUAAUGAGAACUUUCUCCUGCCCAGAGCUAGACCAGCUACCACCACCACCCAAAGGAUAUGCCAUAUGGGACUUUACAGGGUUGGGAGAUGGAAUGGAAAUGUUGGAUGUUCCUUUUGUACUGAUUAUCUUCAUUGUUUUCGCCUACAUUUUCUUAGGUGGUUUAAUUCUACCUUUGUGGGAAACUGAAUUCAAGGGCUUUGACCCUUACUACUUCUGCUUCAUCACACUCACUACCAUUGGUUUUGGUGACAUUGUACCCAAUCACCCCAAGUAUUUCAUGCUUACAUCACUCUUCAUCAUUGUCGGCAUGGCCAUCAUGUCCAUGGCUUUCAAACUGAGCCAAGCACGAAUAGUGUUCUUCUAUCGCCAUUUCAUCAAGUUUAUCAGCAGAGCAAAUGUGGAGAGUUAUGAAAAAUGAAGAUCAACAUGAGAAUCUCUGCCUCAUAUCCAAGUGUUGUACAAGUUAAUAGCUCUGCUUUUGACACAGACCCAAAACUCAAGUCUGGGGGAACUUGUGCUGGCUGUUCAUUUAUAAGCAUGAGAAAAAUGAAAAGUGUGCAUGUGCCAAAAGCUUUUGCCCUUUGAUGGAGGAUGAUAUUCAAAAUAAUUCUUAUCAAAAACUUCAAAGCCUGCAUAUCUACAUACAAUAUCUUGCCACGAAAUGUCUAUUAAUUGUACUGCAGUAUUGUGUGGUACUGUAGCAGUUGUACUGCUUUACAGGUCAGAAAUUUGGAUUUCUUACUUCCUUCGAGAGAAAUCAAAUAAAAUGCCUUUUAAAUUCAGGUUAUUUAUUCUUCAUUAUGAACUUCUGUUAAUAAUAUGACCUGCCCACACACUCACCACAUAAAGUACUAUGAUUUCCAGACUGUUGUAUACUAUUAAAACACCAUUCUGAUGCCUUAUAUUUUAUUAAACCAGUCUAGUCAAUGGUUUCUAGUGUUUGUGACCAGCCCACUGUGGACUGUGGAUGGCUGACCAUCUUCUCUACCUUGAUAACUUAUAACCAAGGAUGUGUUUCCUAAUAUAAGUUUGGAAUCUAAACAGGUUGCUGGACAAUGCACACAAGAUGGGAGGCUCCCUGUCUCUGCACUGAGAUCAUCUAGAUUAUUUUAACAUUUUUAUUCAUUUCAAGCCCAUUUUAGUCUUAAUCUUUUUUAAUGAGCAUAGAUCAGAGUAAGACAAAUUCUGAGCUACUGAAAGCAACCCUUUGCAGCUACUUGGCGAUCUACAAAGGAUCCAGGUUUUCAAGUCACCAGGCAGAAAUACUGAAUCAGAUGGAAUUUCAUUGAACUCACUGGGCCCAGUUUUUGGGCCCAUACUGGUAUAUUAAUGUUGUUGUGGGGUCCUCACAUGACUGAAGGCUUUCCCUUGUUGGGGAACUACUUAUUUUUCAGUCUUAAUAUUAGUGUAACUGAUCACAAAGAUUCUCCAAAAUAGAAAACUGAUCAACAGGUCUGGAUAUGCAUGUAGUGUAUAUUUAUGCUUCAUCUUAUUUGCUAUUAUUAAUCAAAUAAAAAUGUAUAUUAAAAUUUUAAUGUGCUGUACAUGUACAUUAACAACAUACAUGUCUUACUAUUGUCAUGGGCUUUCCAUCAUGUGUUUCAUGAGCCAUCCACUCAUCUUGUUGUAUUUCUGGUAGCCAAUGAAAAUGAACAGGAUUAUAGCAGGUGGUGGUCUUCUCCACUACUGCUCUCAGGUAUGAUGGCUUUCCACACCCUGACAAAGAUAAAGUCUGAAAAAGGUCAAAACCAUGUUUAUAUUCAAUAUUAUGACACUGAUAUACAGCACAUUACAGACAGCAGUGAUUGUUCAGUUAAAUAAUAAAUGGCAAGUAAAGUCAAUAUGAUUUCAUUAAUUUGACAUAGUGAUGCAUAUGAUAAUAAUAUAUAUGGGAACAGUGUACAUCUAUACGUGUGUAUUAUCAUUUUCUUCACCUCACUCUUGACUUCAUCUGGUGCAAGGACAUCUUGCUGUAAUCAAAAGAGAAUGAAUGAUAGGUUUACACUGUGUGCACAAUUAUCAGGCCAGCUGUAUUUUUGAGGAUUAAUUUUAUUAUUGUACAACUUGCUCUCAGUCAAUCCAAAAUGUUCAUAAACCUCAAACCUACAUACUUAAGGAAGUAAAAGAAAGGUUUUGGAUUUCUUGUGUGUGCACAAUUGUUGGGUAACUAUUAGAGUGCAGAAUUAUUGCAUUGAAAAGCAAAAAUAAAAAAAGGACAUUUCUUGAUCUGUUGAUGAUCAGCUUUUUUUUCAGCAACCAAAG